AUGAAUAAAUAUUAUUUUGAUGAGCUUAUGGAAUUACACAAAGAUUAUAUUGAUGUAAGUGAUGCAAUAUAUAAACUAAAGACAUUUCGAGAAGACGAAAUAAACGAAAUAUACAAAGAUAUCAAAAUCAAGCUGAUCGAAACUAAGAAGAUUAUGCCAAUUGCUAUUAUUAGAAUGAUUACAAAUGCUGCUAUCUACAAUAAUCGCUAUUUUAAGUCAUACUGGACACUUUUCAAAAAGUUCUAUGAAGAAUAUCAUGAAACAUAUUAUAAUACGUGUCCAAUAUUUGAUUACUUUAUUUACAUAGAAUAUGGAAUUGUUUUUCAUGAGAAGAACAAGAGGCAUCUCAAGAAAAUCGAAAAAUCAAACUAUACAAUGGAUAUUCAUCUAGAAAAUACGAUUUAUCGAUCAAUUAUGUAUGAUGAUAUCAAAUCAUUUAUAUCUUUCGUAGAAAAAGAUAACUUUGAAAAAGAUCAAAAACUUCGAAGUUAUUUCUAUCCAGAAUCAGAGCUUAGAAUAGAAUAUCAAGGAAAAGAUGGUUUUUCAUUACUUGAAUUAUGUUGUUAUCAUGGAUCAGUCAAAUAUUUCAAGUUUUUACUUACAAAAUUCAAACCAGAAAUUACAGAAACAUGUGUCCAAUUCUCAUUUUUAGGCGGUAAUGCAGAUAUUAUAAAUGAAUGCUUGAAAGAAGAAGAUCCUGAUGAAAAAUGCAUGGAAUUUGCUAUUAUUUCUCAUAACAUUGAUUUUGUCACAUUUUUAAAAGAAGAAUAUGAAAUUGAUAUUGAUUUAUCCAAUUGUGGAAACCACGACAACCUUCAUGCAUUCUUAAUUUGCUUUGAUCAAACAUCAAAUAUCGACAAAUGCCUUAUUAACUCAUUUUUAUUUCAAAUUCAAUCUAUUUCUAAAUAUUUUAUUUCACUCGGUGCAGAUAUUAAUGCGACAGAUAACAGUGUGAAUGCUCUUCAUAUUGCAUCAUCCUUUAAUACUAAAGAAACUGUUGAAUUUCUUCUUUCACAAGGAUUGGAUAUCGAUUCAACGAAUAAAGAUAGAAUUACAGCACUGGCCCAUGCAGUUACAUUUUGUAGAAAAGAGAUUGUAGUUUAUCUAUUAUCAAAAGGAGCAAAUAUUAAAAUUGUCGAUCAAGAAGGAAGAUCUGUUCUUCAUUUAGCUUUGUAUAAUUAUUGGAAAGAAAUGGUAGAACUUCUCCUUUCGUAUGGAGCUGAUAUUGAAGCUAAAGCUAAAAAUGGUCAAACACCACUUCAAUUGGCAGUUGCAACAAAAAAUAUUGAUGCAAUAGAACUUCUUCUAUCACAUGGAGCAAACAUCAAUGCCUAUGAUCAAGAUGGUCAAACAGUAUUCCUUUUAUCUAUUUCUACCAAUGACAUAGAAAUAAUAAAGUUUAUCUUGUCACAUGGUGCAAAUAUUUAUUUAAAAGAUAAAACCGAAAUGUCCGCAAUUCAUUAUGCAGCAGCAUCAGAAUGUGAAGAAGUAAUAAAAAUUCUUCUUCCUUAUAGUUUUGAUAUCAAUGCUAAAGACAUUGGUGGCAUGACAGCUCUUCAUAUUGCAGUUUCUUUCGAUAACAUAAAUAUAGUCGAGCUUCUUCUUUCAAAUGGAGCUGACGUAAACGUAAUCAACGGGGAUGGAAUGACAGCUCUUCAUUUUGCAUCUGCAUCAAAUAACAAAGAGAUAGUUGAACUUCUUCUCUUGCAUGGUGCUGACGUAAACUUCAGAGGAGAAUGUCAGAUGGCAGCUCUUCAUUUUGCGGUUAAUUCAAAUAACAAAGAGUUAGUUGAAUUCCUUCUUUUGCAUGGUGCUGACGUAAAUUUGAAAGGAGAUGAUGGGAUUGCAGCUCUUCAUGUUGCAGCUACUUUGAAUAACAAAGAGCUGGCAGAAAUAUUAAUUUCAUAUGGUGCAGACAUCAAUUCAAAAGAAAUUGAUGGUAUAACAGCUCUUCAUAUUACUUCUAAGCAUGAUAAUAAAGAAAUGACCGAGUUUCUUCUUUUACAUGGUGCUGAUGUCAAUACAAAAGGUAAAAAUGGAGUAACUCCUAUGCUUCAUUUAGUUCAGACUAAUAAUAGAGAAAUAAUGCAACUUUAUCUUUCGUUCGGUGCAGAUAUUAAUAUUAAAGAUGAAAUUGACCAAACAUAUCUUCAUUAUGCAGUUCCAUCCAAAAACAAAGAGACAAUAGAAUUCCUCCUUUCAAAUGGUGCAGAUGUCAAUGCAAAAGAUAUAGAUAGAAUGGAACCGAUUCAUUACUCUAUUUCUACAGAAGACAAAGAGAUAAUUGAGCUCAUUCUAUCAUAUGGUGCAAAUGUUAAUGCAAAAGAUAAUAAAAAUAAAACUCCUCUUCAUUAUGCUGCAGAAAAUAACCUUAAUACUGCUGUCGAGAUUCUUAUUUCAGACGGGGCAGAUGUCAAUGCAAAGGAUAAUAAUAAUAAAACUGCUCUCCAUUAUGGACAAGAGAAUAAAAACAAUGAAAUAAUGAAGCUUCUCGAUUCAUAG